AUCUAGCCCCAAGAUGUGGUCAGGACGUGAGCAGGCCAUGCCGCCUUUGGCAAAUCGUACGCAGAGUGAAGAAAGCCCGAGGCACAGAAACUUUUACACCGACAGAAGUGGACUGCUAGUCAGACGCACGCUUAGGGACGACGGCGACGCUGUCCUGCAUAAUGACUAUCUUGCGCAGGGAUUUCCAAGGGCUUUUAGAAGCCAUUCAUGCAGGCGGAGAGGUUCGUUGGGCGACUAGGCGCAUCUCGGUUGGCCUCCCAGUAGCUACAAUCGAGAAGGAUCAAGGUCGCAACGCUCCAGGGCUAGCCAAGAAUUUCAACAAUGAUACAGAUCAUCGCCAUCAUACACAGCUUGCCCUGUUUCAAUGAGCAAACACUUCGAACACUGCAACGUACACUAUACCCCACAGGCCACAGCGCUCAACCGUCCUUAUACUUCCGCUUCCUUUAGGCCUCUCCCCACGUUCAAGCAAAUGGCGGAGCCCAGCCUGGAAAAAGUGCCCAAUGAGCUUUUUGAUUGGAUCUUGCAAAGUAUCGCCAUUGAUGAUAUCUGUAAUCUGCGGCUCGCCAGCCGCACUUUGAACGCCCGGGCAACGCAAGAGACCUUCUUCUCCCAUUUCCGGAGCAUUCGAUUACAUGUUAAGAAGCACACUCUUGAAUCAUUCGCAGCUAUGACACAGGGACCGCUGGGACAAAUCAUCGAGGGCAUCACUAUUGUCGGAUUCGUGUAUGAUUACGAAGGACUCGAGAACAUCCUUGAGUCGGGCGAGCGAUGGGAAGAACCGGAAGGAGACGGGACGGGUACACCACGAAUUCGGGAAUAUACUGACGACGAGCUGGAUCGUAUCGAAGAAGACCUUGCGACUUUACAGCGACAGCAGGCCGAGUGCCAAGACAUGUACGAUAAUGGCUACAGUAUUGCGCUCUUGCGACAAGCUUUUACAAAUAUCGCCCGACAUGCGCAGCAUAAGUUUCGGGGUCUAACGCUCGAGGUCGCUGUCCAUCAUGAAUCUACAACAGACUACGUUAUUCCCCGCGACGCGGAUCACACUGCAAUCAGAUUAUUCCUGGAGAUGGCAUCAAAUGUCUUCUCGCUAGUGUCGUCCGCGAUUAGUGAUACCCAGCUGUCCCUCGAUCAGCUCGUUGUCUUUGGCAACGUACCAGCAUCGAUGAUCUGUGGCGUGCCGUGCGAGACAUUGAGCAAAUAUCAAUGGACUGCACCAGCAUAUGCCCAGUUCACUACAAAUCUCAAGAGUUUGACGCUCAAAUUCUCAGAUAGGGUCCUUGACCGUAGGAACAUGGACGACGAGGCUAUGAAAAUUGUUCUCGCCGAGGAUGCGAAUUCUUCCGGGCUUCGGGAUCUGCUUGCUUCGUUGAUCAACUUGGAAGAGCUCCAUGUAUCACGAUAUGCGCUCUUUGCAGGGGAAAGGCUUAGUUAUGAUGAGUCAGAAGAUCACGAUCCUCUACACGGAUCCCACCGAGCGGUACAACGGCGCCAAGUCCACGCAAUCUUACAAGCAAGGAUGGCCCGUCUUCGCACCCUAAAGCUCGGUGGAAUGAAUCUAGACGUCAGUGACCUCGAAGCGUUUCUCCGGGCUCACCGCGACUCGCUGCGCACCAUUUCUUUCGACAACAUCGGUCUUCGAGAUGGCCCUGUAAUUCCCCUGCUAGAACUAUUAGCUAGCGAGAUUCCCGGCUUGCUGGAUAUCAGCAUGCAAGACAUGGAUGAUGACGACGACAAUGAGAUGCGUUUCGAGGGAGAACCGGAGCAAUCGUGUACAAGGAUUAGUGGAGCCAAGCAAGGUCGAAACGCCAUCCAUCGAUGGGGCGAGGACGCCAAAAAGGUGAUUACUUUCUACCGCUGGGGGGGACCUAUUGGUUCAUCAUAUGAUGUAAUACAGGCAAGGACACACCGCGCGCAUCAAUACGGUGGUGGUAGAAGAAUACAUUGAGCUGCCAGUGUGCUACCGGGGAGGUACAGUCGAGUCACAUGUGAUCCGAAGGUGGAUCAGGCUCUCGCACGAUAUUCAUAUGAAGAGAAAGCAUGGAAAGUCUUUGGCGUGAAGCAGAAUGACAUCCGGUGUCUCCGUGCAUGCGAUCUAAUUAUGGAGAUUUGAUACUGCAACAUUCACAUCUCACAAGAGAGCUCUCCAAGACGAGGAACUCACCGAUGACUACAUCACAUCGCUCCUAAGGUGCGUUGUAGA